GAAAAAUAAUCUCAAUCAGUUCCCAAUGGAAAACACAUAAAGAUGUGUCGGGUUGAGUAAAUAAUCGUAUCACCCAAAAAACAUUUCAUUGUUGCAAAUUAAAACAUGUCGGUACCGGUGACAAAUAUUUUUACGUCAAAAUAUUUUUGAAGCGUUUUUUAAUAUUUUUAUAUUCAUUUUACGUAUGUUUGUAUGAUAUAUUUUAGACUUUUUUUUGCAUUUUCUCAACCAAAGAAUUGUUGAAAAUGGCCGAUGUGAAAGCAAAACGAUUGCCACAGUUUUUUGCAGCUGUUUCCAUAUGCAUUGGAGCGAUGGGUACUGGAACUGUUAUAGCUUGGACUUCUAAUAUUUCAGACAAAUUGGCCAAUGGCGAUUUGAACAACAUCAAGCUUGACCUGUCCUGGGCAGGAUCGAUUAUGUGUCUCGGAGCGACGUUUGUUUGCAUCCCUAUUGGGAUCAUGGCGGAUAAAUUUGGGAGAAAACUGGCCGUAUUGUUUACAAUUAUACCAUUCAUUCUUGGUUGGGUUCUGAUUAUUCUAACUCGACAUGAGGCCAUGUUGUUAGCCGGGAGAUUCUUAACGGGAAUGGCUGGCGGCUCUUUUUGCAUCGUAGGGCCGCUAUAUACUAGCGAAAUUGCUCAGAACGAAAUCCGAGGAACUUUGGGGACGUUCAUGCAAUUGUUCAUCACCAUUGGCAUUUUAUGGUCCAAUGUCCUGGGAUGGGCGGUGCCAAUCAUAUUAUUCUGCAUCAUGUGUUUAGCUGUACCCGUUGUAUUUGGAUUGUUGUUUUUCUUCCAACCCGAGUCUCCAAUAUAUUUGAUCAAGAACAGAAAAAAGGAUCGAGCCAUGGCCGCUUAUGCCAGACUCAGAGGCAAAGAUUAUGACCCAUCCGCCGAAAUUGCUGAAGUCGAGAAACAAGCCGCAAAAGAAGAGGAACUAAAAGGACAAUUCAAAGAGCAGCUGAAAUCCAAGCAAGGAUGGAAAUCUUCAGUCAUUUGCUUUAUGUUGAUGUUCUAUCAGCAAUUGUCUGGAAUUAAUGCUGUUAUGUUUUACUCAGGAUCUAUUUUCAAAGAAGCAGCUUCAAGUAUAAAAGCUGAGCUCUGUGUCUGCAUCGUUGGAAUUGUUCAAGUUAUAGUGACAAUUUUCUCCACGUGGUUAGUCGAAGCCUUAGGACGAAAGCUUUUGCUAAUGCUAUCAGGCGGAAUAAUGGCGCUUUCAACCCUGCUGCUGGGAAUCUACUUUUUAAUCAAGAAUAAAGAGUUGGCAGCGAAAAGCACAGUUGAAAGCUUAGGUUGGCUACCUUUGCUCGCUCUAGUUCUCUUUAUUAUCGCAUUCUCUAUUGGUAUGGGUCCGAUCCCAUGGUUGGCUUCUUCAGAAAUAUUUCCCCCCGCUAUCAUGGCGAGAAUGAGUUCAUAUGCUGGAAUGUUCAAUUGGUUUUUGGCUUUUGUAGUAACCGUUGGCUAUGAGCCACUAAGCAAAGCUGUCGGUGCAUACACAACAUUCUUCAUAUUCACAUUGGUGUCAGCGUCUGCCGUUGCCUUCGUACUGUUUGUGAUCCCAGAGACCAAAGGAAAAAGUUUCCAGGAGAUUCAGGACGAACUUGGAAAAUAAUCUCUUAUUUAUGUAAAAUGGCAAUAAAACAUUCCAGUGAUACUAA